GAAAAAGUGUUUCCUGUGUAGUUUUGACCAGAAAAUAUUAAUACGGUGGUUUUGGUGACGGGAGCAAAUAGCGGCAUCGGCCUGAUGCUGUGCGAGCGUCUCCUCUCUCAGGACGCCGGGGGCCUCCAGCUGUGCCUGGCCUGCAGGAGCAUGCGGCGGGCUCAGGCCGCUCGCUCGGCGCUGCUCGCCUCUCACCCCGCCGCCCAGGUGGCCCUGCUGCAGGUGGACACCAGCAGCGUCGCCUCCGUCAUCACCACCGCACAGGAGGUCAAACUCAGGUACAACCGUCUGGACUACCUCUACCUGAACGCAGGCAUCAUGCCAAACCCCCAGUUUGAUGUGAAAGCCUUUUUCAAGGGCCUCUUCUCCAGUCGCGUCGUCUCCAUGUUCACCACCGGUGAGGGGAUUCUCACGCAGAGGGACGGCGUCACCCCCGACGGCCUGCAGGACGUGUUCGCCACCAACCUCUUCGGCCACUUCCUCCUCAUCAGGGAGCUGGAGCCGGUUCUGUGCCGCGCGGGCCGGGCCUCCCAGCUGAUCUGGACCUCCUCCAGCAACGCUCAGCGCUCGGCGUUCGACCUGGAAGACGUGCAGCACCGGGCCGGCGUCCAGCUGUACAGCUCCUCCAAGUACGCCACCGACCUGCUCAGCCUGGCACUCAACACGCGCUACAACAAACAGGGUUUGUUCUCAUCCGUCACCUGUCCGGGUUUCGUAAUGACCAACCUGACCUACGCCAUCCUGCCCUCCUUCCCGGCCGUCAUCUGGACUCUGCUCAUGCCCCUCUUGUGGCUCAUGAGAAUGAGUUACAAUACGUUCACGCUGACGCCGUAUAACGGAGCUGAAGCCCUGCUCUGGCUAUUUAAGCAAAAGCCUGAAUCGCUGGACCCUCAAGCCAAGUACCACAGCCUCACAUCAGGUCUCGGAAAGAACUACACUCUUGCACGAAAGAUGGACAUCGACGUGGAAACAUCGGACGCGUUGUUUGAGAAAUUGCUACAAAUGGAAUGAGACGUGAGAGAGAAACUUAAGGAGAGUCCAAAAGAAUCUCAGUAGUCCUGCAGAACCUGAUGCGGGUCACUCGCAAAACAUGGCCGCCUGAACUCACUGCACAAAUAAACAAGUUGCAGUGACUCUAUGGGCAUCGUAUAUGAUAUAACACGCCUGUUAUAGAACAAAGAAGUUGUGUGUGUUGUUAGUUUGGAGGAAUAAAAAUGAGUUUUGUUUCCUCAUCCGCUUCUUUUCAGUCCAUCCACUGCGUAAAGGGUGAUAUCACUGCGCGUGCGCGUGGACGUGGAGGUUAUAGGUCACCAACUUUCCAUCACUUUUGUCCCAUUGGGUUGCUAAUGCCACGAUCCUCGCGGAAGAACGUGCUGCAGUCUGACAGCAGACUGUCGUCGUCAUCCCA